AUGAGUUACAAGAACAGGCUUACGGCGUGUUUUGAUGAUAUUCUGAAGGUGUCGGCGGAGAUGAUGAUGCAGCAGCAGUUGAAGAAUGUGCAGCUGGAUCCGUACAUGGUCAAUGGGUUCAGUGCGCAGCAGCAGAAUACGCUGAAGGAGAAGAUACACAUGUUUCACGGGAUUCUGGACGACCUGGAGAACAUGCUGAGCAAGAGCACGUACUAUGUGGACACCUUGGCGAACCUAGGGAAGGAGAGCAAGCGGCAGAAGGAGCUGGAGCUCGAGAAGCAGCGGGAGCAGGAGGAAGAGGAGAAGAAGCAGAAGCUGCUGGAGCUUGAGCGGAAGAAGAAAGAGCAAGAGGAAGAGGAAGAGAAGAAGAAGAAGCAGAAGGAGGAAGAGGAGAAGCGCAAGAAAGAGCUGGAAGAGCAAGAGCGAAAGAAGAAAGAACAGGAGGAAGAGGAGAAGAGGAGGCGACAACAGGAGCAGGACGGCGACAAACAGCAGUCGAUGUUCGACGGCCUCGACUUCACUAACGCCGACCUCGAUACAAGUCAGCCAGGAACCAGCGGCCAGAACGAUAUCAAAUCACCAACGAUGGGUGCUGGCCCACAGACCGCUGGUACUGAUAAGCCUAACACCGCCGAUGGCCCCGACAAAACGAACCCACCAAUCGCAGCGUUUGGCCUGGGCGACUCACAAUCUGGUGGACUAUAUAACGACCUCAAUACCAUGGACUUGUCCAUGUUUUCAGAGCUUGAUGGUGGGGGAUUCGACGCGUCAGGGUUCGACACCGCAAAUACAUCGAAUGCCAACGCUACCACCAACUCUGUACCCAACAAUAAUAACCCAGCAACAAAUGAUAGCAAUAUGAACAACGAUCCUACAGCAGCCAUAAAUGCAUUCGAUGGCACAGCUGCUGGCAACAACGAGACUUUGGGACAAGGCGAAAAACUAGAAUUUGACCAAUCUAAUCCAUCUGCCAUGCUAGGUAAUGACAUAAACAUGGGGGAUAACGGCGAGGACUAUUUAACAUUGAAUGACUUCAACGACCUAAACAUCGACUGGUCCGCAGCAGGUGAAGGCGGUGACCUAGACCUAAAUGGCUUUAAUAUCUAA